AUGGAGGAUCACCUCAUUCGUGAUUUUUCGGGAACUUGGGCAAUACGCGCAAUGCAGACUUUCACUUCUCCGAUCAUUUCGACCACUUUUGCGACCUUAAUACUUGUGGUAGCUACCGUUAGGGCAUCCGUGAACGCGUCGGAAAGCCAAGUUGAGCAAGAUUGGAUCACUGUCGCGUUGUCGGAAGCACCCUCAAUGCUACUACACGUUACGCUGAAAGGCAAGAACAGGAAGAUCCACGGGCAAUCCGUCUUUGACGUCUACGCAAACCCAGUCGUGUCAGCCGACAACACCAACAUUCACUAUGACGCCUUCAGCAGUUUUAUCCAAGGCGACACCAGAUUCACCUAUAUGUUCGUGAACGGAACAUCCUACAUGGUAGAGAGUCUUGCUAGUGACAAUAUUUCGUCGAAUUGGCAAGCCUUGCACUGUCUACCGUCGAUCAUUCCGUUCGAGCACAUAUUCCCAGCCCUCAACAAUGCUACUAUCGUUCCAAGCGCAUCAGUUAGAGGAGAGCCCGUCGACUGCCCAGGAGGGUCAUUGUUUCAGACGUCAUUUAGCGGGGUGGAUUUUGUGCUUUGUGUAUCUAGUGGAUCUGGAUUCACUGCGUACGGACUUGAUGUCACGAUGACAGCGAAAUAUCUGCCCGGUCCAACACGUUAUACAUUACCGGCGUUGGUUGAAGAGGCUGCGCCGUGUCCUGUAGUGACGACCCCAGAACCAGUGGCGCCAACUGCUAUCGCGAUACUUACCGGUCGAUCUCUUCCACCUUCUUCAUCAAGAAACCUGAGGACAGCUGCACACGCAGCGAUUGAAGCGGACACGUGUGAGUGCAUGUCUACACCUCGUCCAUGUAUUUUCCUACACGGUUUAGGCAACCCGAACGAAGAAGCAGAAUUGCAAGACACACCCAAGUUGACGAAAGAAAAGUUCGGUGACAUUGGUGAUCAUGCUCCGUGUUGCACGACUGUCAAAUACGCUGUCUUGAACACUGUUGAUAUCGGAUGGACGAAUGAAACACUGCAACAAAAGUUCUGCGACUUCUCGCUGUCCAUGAGCGAAACGAGUGACUUGACAUCGCGCACAACUUCGGACACUAUCGUUGUCACGCACUCGAUGGGUGGACUAGUGCUAGCUAGUGCGCUAGCCACUGGGAAGUGUAAAUUAGCAGCUAGUACGUCGUGGGUGAGCAUGAGUGCUCCGACGAUGGGGAGUAUGGCUGGGGACUUCCUUCAAGACAUAUGCGACGGAGAGUUGACCGACGUUGUUUCAAAGGUGAUGGAUCUGGUCGGUCAAUGUCCCGUUUCAAUCGCUAGAAAGUCGACUUAUUACCAGAACGGGAAGUACAGCACCCCAGAACUCAACGCGGCGUACACUGCAGCACAAGAAGCCUACCGAAGCAACGUCCACGCAGCACUCUGCAGUAAAAGCUAUAACGGCGUCUUAUCAAAGUAUUAUCCUUCAUGCUUGGUCGGAGGCACGGUGAUUCCUAACAAGUCGAAAGAGAACGAUGCUCUGGUGGAGUUUCAGAGCUGUUUGGGCGGUCUUGACCCAGACAUGUUCGGUGACAGCUACCUUGACCGCUUUUACUCGGCCAAACUGAACCACGCUGACACGGCGUUCCUGACUCAUGACGGUCUUUUCCGGGACUCCCAGAAACCUUUCAAAUGA